AGGAAGACAUAAAUCUUGCAAAAAAGAAAAUCGACAAUUGAAUCCCAUUUCAUUCCCAUAGGGCUGGUCAAGGUUUGGUCAAAACGAGAGAUGUCUAAAUUAAAAUAAAACUAAAAAAGGAACGGUUGAGAAAGACGACACAUUGGAAGUGUUAGUUGUGUUCGUUCCAACAGUCAUCAUCAAUUUUCAUGAACCAUGGGGGUUUCUAUUUCGCUUCCAUUUUCAUUCAAACCUCUUUUCCUUUCCUCCUUCCUCUCUCUCUCUCUCUCUCUCUCUCUCUCUCUCUCCCUCUUUCGCUUUUUGCAUAAACAAAGUGCCACCGGCAAGUGGCAGUACCGGUGGCCUCAAUCUCAUUACGUCAACAAUAAUAAUAACAAAUUCAUCGGUUCAAUUUCAACAUGUCUGUUCAACAGCCAAGUGGUGCACCACAACCACAGAACAUAACAAUGGUGGCUGUUGACAAAGACAAAAACAGUGCUUAUGCUUUCCGAUGGGCAAUUAAUCAUCUCGAUAAUCCUGUCAUCGUUGCUGUCCAUGUUAAACAUAAAAACUUACCUAACCUGGGCACAAAUGUUUAUCCACCGGAUGAAGAGGAUGUAGCACUUAUUUUCAAUAACUUACGUGCAAUGUGUCAACGGAAAGCUGUCACAAUGAAAGAAGCUGUAAUCGAUGAUCAUGAUGUUGUGAAAGGGCUUUUAGAUUUUGCAAACAGGAAUUCCAUUCAUAGUAUUGUUAUUGGUGCAUCCAACAAGAACCAUUUGACAAGUCUUAAAAAAUUUAAAGUCUAUCAUGAUAUACCAGCAGCCAUAAUCAAAUCAGCACCUGAUUAUUGUUCUGUAUACAUAAUUUCCAAAUUGAAGAUUGCGUCAGCUCGAUCAGCCGUACGAUCAAUGGGAAACGGAAACCAGAGUAUACCGUCAAAACUACCUGUUCAAGUAGGCCAACAUGCUGAAUUUGAAACUGGAAUAAGGUCAGUACUACCUAGAAGUUCUGUCACUAAUGAAGGGUCAGAAUCAAGGUCUUUUGACAGCAUUACUGCAACAAAAGGCCAGACACGUGAGAGACCGAGGAGUGCAGGUAGCAAUUUAUCAAUGGACAAAAUUGAUAUACCUGGUGGUCGCGGACGACAUUGGGCAUCGAUGGAUGAAAGAGACAUGGCAGCGCUUGGGCCAAUUGAUUUGGAUGUACCAGAUUCCCUCGGGACACCAUCGGCUUCCCAUACCUCAAAAGAUCUUGAAGCUGAGAUGAAAAGAUUGAGGCGCGAACUGAAGCAAACUAUGGACAUGUACAGUUCAGCUUGCAAGCAAGCAAUCUCAGCCAAAAAUCAGGCAGAACAAAUUCGUCGAUGGAAAGUGGAAGAGGAACGAAAGGUUGAGGAAGUUAGGAUGUCUCAAGAGGCAGCUCUUGCAAUGGCAGAAAGGGAGAAGGCUAGAGCCAAAGCUGCAAUGGAAGCAGCCGAGGAUGCAAAGAGGAAGGCUGAACAGGAGGCACAGAGAAGAAGGGAGGCAGAGAUGAAGGCGAGGAAAGAGGCAGAAGAGAGGGAUCGAGUAUUAACUGCAUUGGCUCAAAACGAUAAUCGAUAUAGAAAAUACACAAUGGAGGAGAUUGAAGUGGCUACUGAGAAAUUCUCCCCAUCGAAGAAACUAGGCGAAGGUGGAUAUGGACCUGUGUAUAAAGGUCACCUUGAUCACACGGCAGUUGCAAUCAAACUUUUAAAUCCUGAAGCUUCUCAGGGCAGGAAGCAAUUCCAACAAGAGGUUGAGGUACUAAGUUGUAUUAGACAUCCAAAUAUGGUCCUUCUCCUCGGUGCAUGUCCUGAACAUGGUUGUUUGGUGUAUGAAUUCAUGGAUAAUGGUAGCUUAGAAGAUAGAUUAUUUCGGAAAAAUAACAGCAGACCUCUUACAUGGCAAAAACGGUUCCAAAUAUCGGCUGAGAUUGCAACUGCACUCCUUUUCCUUCACCAAACAAAGCCAGAGCCCAUUGUGCACCGAGACCUAAAACCAUCUAACAUUCUGUUGGACAGGAAUUACGUGAGUAAAAUCAGUGAUGUCGGUCUUGCAAGACUAGUCCCGUCUUCUGUAGUCGACAAUGUCACACAAUAUUACAUGACUUCAGCUGCCGGAACCUUUUGUUAUAUUGAUCCUGAGUAUCAACAAACAGGAAUUUUAACAACAAAAUCAGAUAUAUAUUCGUUGGGGGUCAUGUUACUGCAGGUAAUCACAGCCAAGCCUCCAAUGGGCCUUGCUCACCAUGUCAAGAGAGCGGUUGAAAAGGACAGGAUUGUGGAGAUUCUUGAUCCUGCAGUGACUGAUUGGCCAGUUGAAGCAGCUCUAUCGUUUGCGAAAUUAGCAUUGGGUUGUGUAGAGCUCAGCAAGAAAGACAGGCCAAAUCUUGCAACAGUUGUUUUGCCAGAGCUUAACAGGUUAAGAGAUCUUGGAUGUACUGAUAACAUAGUUUUUACUGAUACUAAGAACAAUAGCCAUUCACCACGCCCUCCAAUGCCGACCUGAAAUCAACUGUUGAAGACAGUCAGUAGGAUCAGCUAGGUUUGUAUGUUGAUUUACUCAUCAUGUAGAAAACAUUCAAAAUAUAAUUGAUGCCAUUCACAUUAUCAAAGUAUUUUCAACCUGUGAAAACCAAUCUCAAGCUAUCAAUGUAUAUUUCUAGAAUAGUAGAUUUUUUAUUUUUUUAUAAAUAAAAUACACUUGAUAUGAUUUCGACCAACUAGGAGGAAAUAUCUGAGGAAGGUUUUGUGGAAUUCAGACAUAGCCCAAGAAAGGAGUUCGGACUUAGAUCACCAAGAUUCAGGGAAUCAAUCUGAAAAGCAAAGAGAAAUCAAACUGUGAAGCAAGACUUUUGUAUAUAUUCUUUAUCAUUUCAUUUGGUAAACAAUGGAAAGUUCUUUCUUUAUGUGUUGUCAA